AUGGCGCCGACCGGUGACGACGUCGUCUUUCAGUAUGGUGCAGGUGGCAGAGGCAAAGGCUUCGGCAAAGACGGCCGUCGCCUGAUGAGCCAGCCGAGAGGCAUCCACGUGGACAGCGAUGGCUCCCUGUAUGUGGCGGACUUUACGAGCUUCUGCGUCUUCAGAUUUGCGGCAAACGACAGUCGUGGUCACGUUGUCGCGGGGGAAGAUGGGAAGCAGCUGAUGGAUGUGGACUACCUGAAGGAUAUCGACCGGCCAUUAGCGUCUCCAGAGGGGGAAGGCUUCCUGCUGAAAAAUCCCAUCGACGUAGUCUCCAGCCCGGAUGGUCUCCUGGUGCUGGACUGUGCGGCGGCCCGUGUGCAAUCCUUUCAGCCUGGUCCUGGAGGCCAAUCCGCUGCCGGACGUGUAAGAGUCCCCCCCUCGACAGCUCUUCCGGCGAAGUCGGUGGCAGCACCUGAAGCGCUCAAGCAUCCGCGUGCUAUUUUCCUCGAAGACGACGGCAUUGUGGUGUGUGACACCUGGAGCCACCGUGUGCUGCGGUACCGGACUGCGGCUUCCGCGCCCGAGGUGCUCGCGGGAACACCCAACUCUUGUGGUGGCGAACCUGGGAAGCUGAACUUUCCAAGCUGCAUUGCCUUCUGCGCAGACGGAUCGUUGUUGGUAUCAGACACCAACAACCAUCGAGUACAGCGCUUUCGGCCUGGAGAGCGUCAAGGAGAGACGGUGGCUGGCUCGGCAGAGUGUAAAUCUGGGUGCAGCCUGACUGAGCUCAACAUGCCCACAGGCCUCGUGGUCGAGGCAGACGGCAGCUUCCUUGUCGCAGACCGUGCAAACGGCCGAGUGCUGCGCUUUCGCGAAGGCGCAGCCGGCGAGGUGCUGGCGGGCCCGGACCUUCUGGAGCGACCGUGGGGUCUGGCUCUUGGUCCGGACGGCUCUGUCUACGUCUCGGACGAGCGACGCGCGGUGGUGCUGAAGCUUGCAGGGGCCAAGCCCAAGCAGCCCAAAACUGAAGCAGCGCCGCCACAGCCUUCGGGAUAUCCGCCGCAGAUGCCGGCAGAGGAGCCCUCGCGUGGCUACCCUGGCAAGCAGCUCGCCGCUCCUGCCGCUCCGGAUCUCGGUAUGGGCCUGGACUGA